UUUCCGACGAAAAAUUCCCUCGGACCGGAAUUUGGUAUAUCUCAAAUACAUAGCACACGUGCGCUGUCUUACUUCUCUCUUCCUAAAAAUAGCGUUUUCGGCUAAACCUACUAUUUAACUUAAGUUAGCAUAAAAUGACUGAAGAAUCUGUGAAAAAUGAAGAGACCGAUGCUUCUCCUUUAGAAAAAAAAAUCAUCAGGCAAAUUGAGUAUUACUUCGGAGAUGUCAAUCUUCCAAAAGACAAGUUUCUUAAUGAGAAGAUGCAGGAAGAUGAUAAAUGGAUAACCAUAGAAUGUUUGACAACCUUUGCCAGAUUGAAACAACUUUCUACUGAUCUUGAUGAAAUAAAAAAUGCUUUAAAAAAAUCACAAAGUGGAUUACUAGAAAUUCAUGAAACUGAAUAUAAAAUUCGUCGAUCUGAGAAUCAUCCAUUGCCUGAUCAUGAUGAUCCUAUGAUACGAAAAGCUUCAAAAGAAAAAACUUUAUACAUGAAAGGAUUUCCAGAGCUCUUCACUAUAGAUGAUGCACAAGAAUUUUUUGACAAACAAAAUAUUAAGACUGUAUUUAUAAAGUUGCGCAAAGAUGCAGAAAAAAAGUUUAAAGGUUCUUUAUUUGUUGAAGUUGGAACUUUGGAUGAAGUUAAAUUGCUGACAGAUAACAAAGAGUUAAAGUAUGGUGAAUCAAGUCUUACAGUUAUGUUAAGAGAUGAUUACUUUAAAAGUAAAAGUAUUGAGAAAAAAGAUUCUCAUAAAAAAGAUAAUGCAGGUCAUGAAGAAAAGUUCAAGUUGGAUAUUAAACCUGGUGCAGUGUUACAUUUUAAAGGUGUUGGGGAGGAAACAAAUCGAGAAAUUUUGAAGGAAUUGUUUGGUCAGCAUCACCAAAUUGCUUGGGUAGAUUUUGAAAAAGGAGAUACUGAGGGAUUUAUUCGCUUCCAAGACGAGCAUGCGGCACAGAAUGCUAUUGAUUCAGUUAAAAAUGCUAACGACGAGAAAAAAGUAAUCAUUAAUGGAGUUGAAUCUUCCGUCAGAGUUUUGGAAGGUGAAGAAGAAGAGAAUUAUUGGAAAACAUUACGUUUAGAUCUGCAAAAAAGAAAAGGCGUUAAAAAUAAUAGAGGAAGAAGAAACAACCGUGGUGGUGGAGGCGAUCGUCGAGGCGGCGGUAGAGAUUCAAAAUUUCAAGGUAAGAGAAAACGACCUUGGGUGGAAAAAACUGAUGACAAUGCCUCCACUGGUGAAUCAAAAGAAAAUGCUGAGAAAACCGAAAAAUUGUCGAAACUGGACUCUGAAAACUAAUUGUUGAAAUUUUUCUACCAUUGUAUUAUUUAAAAGGAUGUAAAUAUGAAACAGGCAAAUUUUUACAA